CGGAGGGGAUUUUUAGCCAGUUUUGCAGCUUUUCUCAACGUAUUAUCUGGUGCGGGAGUGAAGUCCACGCAGUGGAGCGCAGGGCAGUUUGGACCGUGCGUAAUUCUGGGGAGAUUUUAUCGUUGCGCUGCGUCAGGAUGCGCGUCUGGCCGCUGUUGGCUCUCCUCUGCAUGAUGUGCGCAGGACGCGCUCAGAAGUUCUCCGCUCUCACGUUUCUGCGGGUGGAUCAGGAUAAAGAGUGCAACAUGGAAUGCGCUGGAGCUCCUCGAAAACCCCUGUGUGCCUCCGACGGCCGGACCUUCACAUCUAGCUGCAAGUUCCUCCGAGCCAAGUGCCGCGACCCCCAGCUGGAGGUCAGCCAAGGGCCGUGCAACGGUCAGGUCACGAGUCACGCUUCAGCGAUACCUGGUGUUCCCAAGCACACUGGGGGGGUUCCUGUUAGAAGCUUGUGAGAUAAAUUUAUGUCA